AUGUCUGAAGAUACAACAUCAAACCAAAAGGAAAGUGCUGGCACAUCUUCUAACUCUCAUUCUACUUUAAACAACUCAAUGGAUUUCACUGAAAACAAACCAGAUCCAUGCCUUCCUAUAAUGUACAAAGCUCAAAUAUCACAUCCACUUGAAUCAGGUGAAGAAGGUCAUCAUGAUAUCUAUAUUGUUAAAAGAGCUCAAUUGGAUUGUACUGCAGAUACUGCAUUAAAAAUCAAUAAAAGAAUCGCAGGUAUUGUUACAGGUACUCAAAAUGUUCACAUUAAUUUUGGUGAAGUUGAUUACACUGACCUACCUCCAAUGGGUGAGAACAGAGAUUAUCCACCACCUUUACCAAAUAUUGAUGAAUAUGAAGUUACGUUCUGUGGUAAGGAUGAUCCUUUACAUCCAUUCAAUUGGUCAUUGAAAUUAAGAAUUUUCAUUUGUUUUAUAUUAGGUUUAGAUGUCAUCAAUGUUGCUGUAGCGUCAUCUAAUUUUGUCUUUGGUGUUCCUCAAAUAACUGAAGAAUACCAUGUGGGUCAAGAUACUGCUAUGUUAGGUGUCACAUUAUUUGUUUUGGGUUUUGCUGGUGCUCCUAUUAUAUAUGCUCCUUUGUCUGAAAUUUAUGGUAGACAAAUGGUAAUAUUGGUGUCAGCAUUUGGUACAGCUGUAUUUCAAUUCGCUGUAGCGACAGGGAAAGACAUCCAAACACUUUUGAUCUGUAGAUUUUUUGGUGGGCUAGUUGGUAGUGCUCCAUUUGUAGUUGUGCCUGCGAUGUUUGCGGAUUUGUUUGAUACUGACAUCAGAGCUAAAGCUGUCUGUCUAUUUUCUUUAGGUACACUAGCGGGACCUGUUAUGACACCUAUUUUUGGUACUUAUAUUACUCAACAUACUACUUGGAGAUGGUUAGAUUAUAUCCAAGGUAUGUUUGCAUCUUUAGUAUUUGUCCUGUUGCUAAUUUUCUUGAAAGAAACACAUCAUCCGACGAUUUUAGUCAAGAAAGCUAAGAUGAUGAGAAAGAAAUCGAAUAACUGGGGUAUUCAUGCAGCUCAAGAGAAUGUCGAAUUGACUAUGCGUGAUGUUAUUCACGUUAACUUUACCAGACCGCUUAAAAUGUUAUUCACAGAACCUGUCAUUGCGAUGCUUACAUUCUAUGAUUCUUACUGUUAUGGUAUCCUAUAUUUAUUAUUAGAAGCACAACCAAUUAUUUACGUUGAGGGUUAUGGAUUUAAUAGAAAUGGUGCCUUGCCAUCUAUUUCAGUUAUUGUUGGUAUGAUUAUAUGUACAGUAUAUGUUUGGGUUGGAGAUAAUCGAUACAUUAAAGCUGCUGAAAAGAAAGGGAAAUUAUUACCCGAACUAAGAUUGAGAGAAGUUAUCACAUGUAGUUUUGCAAUGCCUAUUGGUGUUUUAUGGUUAACCUGGACAGGUCAUUAUCAUGAUAGGAUUCAUUGGAUUGUUCCUGUCAUUGCCGAUGCAUUUGUUGGGUUUGGGUUAUUGGGAUCCUUGUUACAAUGUGUGAACUAUCUAAUUGAAUCAUAUUUCUAUUUGGCGGCAUCGGCAUUAGCAGCCAAUACGUUUAUGAGGGCUAUAUUUGGUGGGACAUUUAUUUUGUUUUGUAGACCUAUGUUUGCAACAAUGGGUACAAACUUUGCAGGGUUACUAUUGGGUAUUGUUGCAAUUGUAUUAAUUCCUGUACCUGUUCUACUAUACUUCAAGGGAGAAAAAAUGAGAGCAAGAGGUAAAUUCGCAUAUGCAUCUGAUCUUUAA